UCUCUGCUUCACAACGAACAUUGUGGUCUUUGUUUAAGUUGAGGAUUUUUGCAUUUAUUUAGUUUUAAACGCGAAUUAUACAUUGGUGCAAUAGAACGAAAAGUGAAUUAUUUGCCAACGUACGAUAACAGCAUAGAUUGCACAGAAGUAACUUACAAUGGAUCGAGCAACAACAGUAUCGGAUGCGCUUAAACGCCAGCGAUUGCUUGCAGCGCAGGCCAUCAGGAAAGCAAACGAUAUUAGCCCACAAACAGUGCGUCAUUUGAAGGAUCAACGAUCGCCAAAGCAUCCGCCAUCGACAAACGCUUCCAUGUACGCCUUCCCGGUGGCCGCCUCGGAAGUUUCACCCCAACAGAAGUCACUCAACAUAACCGAGCUGGAGGAAGAAAAAACCAUCCACAUGGUCACCACACCGAGUAAGUACACGUUCGAACCGAAAGAGAUUGCGGCGCGCUCGACCAUGAACACACAACCGUCGCUGGCCGAUGGGAGACCGAACCCGAGUAAAUUUCUAUCGGCCGGAAUCGAGGAAAUAUUGGCUUCCAGCUUCGCCGAUAACAUACGCUCCAUGGGUAAAUCGCUUCGGGAGACGGUUGCAAGCGUACACGAUGAGUUCAGUGGGCGUCAGAUAGCGGAUCUAAGCCUACCUAGAACCGCGGACAUGAGCAAGUUGUCUCGUGAUUCGCUCGCUUCACUGCCCUCCUCGGGUCCUAUCCCAGCGACCGACAAGGACCCCUGGAGCAUUACACAGCCGGCCUUCGAGAGCAGCUGGAUGAGGGACAAAAUAAACGAACUGAGCCAGAUGGAGGAGGACAGCUUUCAGGUGGCGGAAAGUAUGGAGGCUCGCCUGCUGGCGGACGAGAUGGCUUGGGAGCAGGAAAACGCCACCAUACCCGAAAUGAAUGCGAAACUACAUCAGCCGAGCCCGAUGAAGGGCGCCCGUAAGCCGCAGUUGAAGGAUCAUGUCGAUUUCUCGUGCUUUUCCGGAUACUUGGCCCAGGAGGACGAUACCUCGCGCAACUACAACACAGACAACGGGGACGGCAAUGAAGGAAGCGUCUGCUCGGUGGGCCACUAUUUCAAUAAAAUGUCCGACAACCUGAAGAGCAUGAUUGGUGAUAAAAGCCCCCCGAAGCGCAGACCUCUUCCACUGAUCGACAUGACGAAUGAUAUUGAGAGUCCACGAAGUCAAGCGAUCGCUAAGAUAGAGUUGGAUAAGGAGGACGAUAAGGAAAACAAAGAAAAUGCACUAAGUGUCUCGUAUCUUACCAAGGCAAUAAUUUCGAUGGAUUUGGAAGCCUCACCGCAUAAUUUUAUUCACAAACUGGAACAAGUUCAGCGAACCAAGUCCGAGCAUAACAUGGCCUCCAACAGAGCGCAUGUAAAGGCGAGCGCACUGCCUAAAUCUUAUAGCAACUUUACUCCGAAACCGGCACCGAGAGAUCCGAAAAGCAUACAGCAACCCCGGGUGUCCCGUUCCGGAGGUGCUCAAGAACAGCAACACCUGCAGCAACACGAGAUGGACGAGUAUCCGUAUGAGCAACAACAACUCGCGGACACACUGAGCUUUUCCGAGUCGUUGUUAGAUUCCUCAUCUGGCAUGCCGGUGCUUCCGAUAUCGAAAACAUCCAGCCCCAAAUCUUCCGACACGCUACCAUCGUCGCCAUCCCAAAGCGGCUGCGGUCAAAGCAAUAGAUUGAACCCGUCGAUGCCGACGACCCCGGCGAUGAGCACGAAGCACAAACCGGCGGCACUCGUCGGUACGUUCCGCGUUUCGACGGCGCAAAAGCUCUCGGAAGAGUACAUGGACAUGCCGUCGAUUCCGCGGAUCAAAGAUUCACCGCUGUGUCAGAAGAACAUCUUCAGCGAUCGUCCCAUCGCCAAGCCGAACCGCAAGCGCCGUUCGUCCUCCGCCACCCGCCAUGAGCUGGCAAACGGAGGCAAACGGAUGGAGCUGACCGUACCGGUGGCGGAGCUACAUCCGCGCUCCAAAUCUCCUUCUAACCGGGAAGAGCUGCAGGCGGUUAGUGGUAGUGCGAUCGUUGUGCAGAACGAGGCGCAUCCGAGGAAGCAUCCUUUCGAUAUCGGCGAGUAUUACGAGACGCCGAAAAGUUCACAGCCGAGGAAUGCACCCCCUGUUAGGAGUAUAUUGAGCAAAUCCCAUCUUUCGCCGGAACCUCGGGCGCCGAAUCGAUCCCCGUACUCGUCGCCGGCCAGAGGAACAACUCCGGUAAAGUCGUCCGGUGCCUCGACACAGUAUGAGUACGAGCUGCCCGUACCCGCGGGACUUCCUUCCCGCUCGGCUUCCCAGUGCUCGGGCAGCACGGAGUGGAGCCACCGGGGAGAUGGGACGCUGCCGUUGAAAGCGACCCACAGCGAACUAUCGUGGGGCAGUACGCGGUUGCGAAAGAGUGAGAAAAAGACCAUGCAAAUAAAGAACACCUCGAACCGCAAACUGAUGGUCAAGGCGGUCAUCGUCGGUCCCGGGUUCCAGUUGUGUGGCACGGAGCGGAACGGUUUGCUAACGCUCCAGAGCCAGGAAUGUCGCACAAUCACGGUCGAUUUCUGUCCCACCGUGAUCGGGCCGGCGAUCGGAGCGCUGUCGUUUCAUCCACCGAACGAUAUGCACGUCCAGCGUGUGGUCAGCCUGUUCGGGUACGGUGGGGAGGCAUCGAUCAAGAUUGAGGGCAUCCAGAAGGGCCCGAGUGGACCGUUCCUCGAGCUUGGUAGUGCGCGCAACCUUGGCCGACCGCUCGAGAAGUCGUUCUCGCUGUACAACAAGGGCAGCCUGCCGGCGUUCGCGCGCAUCGGCAUCGACAAGAAGGGUCUCGACCAGGCGCUACUCGCCACCGCGGUGUACGUGCAGCCGCAACGCACGAUCAUCCCGCCGAACAGCUACGCCCACAUUAAGGUCGUGUUCAAACCGCGCCGCCAGGAAAUCGCCAAAAUCCUGCAGAAGCAGGUGGACGUGCUGUCCAUCACCAACCUGCACAUUCUCUGGGGAGACGAACCGACGAGGCACCGGAUCCGCAGGAACGUCGCGAUGGCACGCAAGAACAAUCUGCACGAUCCGAAGAUGGGCGCCCUGGAGACGAUUUGUCAUCCGUUCGGCGACGAGCAGGAACAGGACGGGCUGCAUCUGUUCUCCGAGCACGUGUUCGACACGAUCCACGAGCUGUUCUUGACCUUCCGCGAGUACGAGCUCGUGCUGACCGUCGACCGAGCGCUGGACGAUACGAUGCUCGAUCUCUCGCUGGCCGAUGACAACCGCACGCUGUUCAAAACGAUGUACGCCAGCUCGGAAGCGGGCGGCUCGCCACAUCUUCCGCAGGACGAUGGCAUCUCACCGAUGCCGAUGGUGCCAGUCACGGGCACCAGCAGCGCCACAGCGUCCCUCGGCAUACAUCGGCCGGACAGUGGGGAAUCGUGGUCCGUGCGACCAACGGUACUGGAGUUUCGGGCGUCCACCGAACGCACCAAACAGUUCGUCAUCAAGAGCAACUUUUACACGGCGCAGUACUUCGAGCUGAACUCCAACUAUCGACAGCUGUUCCGGCUGUCCCCGUCCGAGGGCCAUAUCCGCCCCGGACAGGAGGUGGUGGUCAACGUUUCCCUGCAGCACCUGCAGCCGCUCGGGGCCGCCGCACAGCAGCCAAUGUUUGUGGUGGUGUAUAUUGAGAACGAAAAAAUUAGCAUUCCAGUGAAGAUACACUACGGAAAGUGAUGUCGCGGUGGCCAAUUGGUCUACCGCUUGCCAGCGCUUUGUCGCUUUCGUCCAUUUUGUAGCUCAUAAGACUGUUUUUGCCGUGUGAUUUGUACCAGUCGAACUAUCAUUGUUCCAUAUUUAUGUUUAAUAAAGUAUUUCUUAUGCACGUUU